AUGCCAGUUCCUAAAAAAGUCAUCAAACGUUCUGGGCGAAUCGUUUACACAUCUCAUCAACAGAAGGUACUGUUAGAAGCCUUCAAUCAAUACAUUUAUUGUGAUGCUCCACUUCGAGAACAACUCGCCAAUCAAUUGAAAAUCACCGAAAAACAAGUGGGUGACUUUUUUAAAAAUCAUCGAAGUUUGUGUGUAAACAAAGAACAGAUAAAAGAGAAAAGGCCAACUUUGAGUGCUCGAAAACGAAUAACUUUCAGCAAACAUCAAAAGAAAAUAUUGAAAUACGCUUUCAAAUUAGACCCAAAGAUGAAUGGCAGAUCAAUUGAUAUAAUCGUCGAAUAUUUGGGGCUUACCCGUUCGCAUGUUCUUUCAUAUUUUGCAAGAGGACGAGAUGCCUACAAAAAAAGAAAGAGCCUCCCGGAACCUGAUCUUCCUCAGUUGGAAUUGUGGUUAAAAGAAAUUAAAAGUACAAUGUCCACAAAUGGAGAGUCGUCAUCAUCAUCUAACCUCAAUCACAUUCCUCUUGCUAUUCAGUCAUCAUUUGAUGUGAACAUCAAUCAACAACACGAUCAACAACACGAUCAACAACACGAUCAACAAUACGAUCAACAACACGAUCAACAAUACGAUCAACAAUACGAUCAACAACUCCAACAACCACUACAACCACUGCAACAGCAAGAGUAUUCAUAUGAUCAACAAUAUGAUUUUGUACCUGAUGAACAAUAUUACUCUGGUUAUUACCAACAAACAGAAUCUCACCAAUUUUACCAACAAAAUACAUCUUAUUAUGAACCCCAACCUUACCAACCUUACCAACAGAAUCAACAAUUGUCAAUUUAUUAA